AUGGCGGGACCCAAGUUCGAUGCGGAAGGCUUGAGAGAUGAGUGGGAUUCGAUUGAGGCCAUCCGAAUCCGUCUGCGCUCCGGGGAACCUUUGCUUGAUGGUACAAUGUCCGAAUACUCGAUCAACAGAUGCAAGGCAAAUCGGGAUGUCAUGAUUCCUCUAUUGCUUCGCUCUGUGGCCUCUGAUCACAAGCGCCCAGAGGUGGAGCUUCUGAGAGAAGAGAUCGAAAAUUUGCUGAUGAUGAAUCAGAGAGAGUUUUCGGAGUCGCAUAUUGAUGAUAUGGCAUGGGAAUUGCGCAAACUUCUUAUUUUCAUCAAGCGGAAAACCCAGCGACACGAGGUUUCCUUAGCUUCCCGGCUUCGGAAUGCAAAGAUGCGGGCCUCUGCGCCCCCAGCUGCUGUGAGCUCUCCGGCUCCUCCGGUGGCCACUCCUGUGGCGACAAGAUCCCUGGACUCUGACGAGACCCAAGUGAUGGACAUGUUUGAUUGCCCUACCCCAACUGAGCAUGCUGUUCCUUGUGACUUGGCCAUCGACAAAAGCUUGCCAGCUGAUUUCCUUCGUGAUCAGUAUCAGCACGGUGUGGUGCUUUCUCGGCGCGAGCAGCUUGGCCUGCGCAAACGCAAGAAGGACGUGAACAAGCUGGCCAAGGCCAAGAAGCCAGCUCCCAAGGAGAAGGUUAAGCGCAAGAAGUCAGGGCUGUGUAAAUUGCGCCGAAGCAAGCAGGCCUUGAAAUCCGUGGCUUCCGGCAGUGGGGAUCCGAUGCCCGACGGUGAUACUGAGGCCUGGUGGUCACGAGCAGACCACUGGGUUUGGGAUGAUGAGAUGAACAAUUAUGUGAAGCUCGAGAAGGGUGAUGGCUACAUUAGUGUCCAGACACCUGAGGAUCAUGAUGAUGCUGCUAAGCCUGCUAAGAAGGUCAAGACCAAAUGCAGGGUCAGAGGCAAGACCCCGGAGGCUGAGCCCGAGGAGUUGGAAGAGUGUGCCGCCCCGACCCCGAAGCCGAAAGCAAAGGCGAAGUCCAAAGCAAAAGCUUCCCCGAAGGCUUCCCCGAAGGCUUCCCCGAAAGGUGCUGCAAAGGCGAAGGCCAAAGCAAAAUCCAAGUCGAAGUCCAAAGCAGAAGCUUCCCCAAAGGCUUCCCCGAAAGGCGUUGCAAAGGCUAGCAAGAAGGGCGGCCGUCGACCCAGGGCAUCGUCAGUUGCGGCUUACGAUGUUGAGGAGCGCGAUGUGGAGUGGAUUUCCGAUUGGGUUCGGGAGUCAAAUCUCACAGGGUCUCUCGAUGAGUUCAAGCUGUCUGUCCGGCCCUUCCUCCCCGACAAUUCGUUUGGAUACCGGUGCAACAUCUACUGGACAACGGCUAAGUGCGGUGUGACACUGAGAUUCACGGAUGAGUCUGGUGAGAAGAAGCAAACCGAUCUCGUGACGUUUGGCUUUGGCAAGACACGCCUAGCAACAGCUGUACAGCACCUCCAGCAGGAGGAGAUCGUGGACCCGGAAAGCGAGGAGAUCCUGCCGGUCAUCGACUAUUGGAAGACAGCCGGCCGUGUUACUUUCGAUAACCUGGAGCAUGAAGGGCUGUAG